AUGGCCGACGAAAUCCACGAGACCACGUCAAAUAUGCUCCAUAUCAUCAAGCGCCGCACUCUGAUCGGAAUUUCGGCAAUUAUGCAUGCAGCUGAUCCCAAGAAUGCGAAAAGCCAGGCAACUGGCGAAGUAACUCGUGUCCACGAGAAGCCGAGGAAGGGUGAUCUGGAUCACAAGACAUACACUAUUGAGAACGACAAUACGGGUAAGGAAACGACAUAUGGUAAAAGGAGUAUUACGGAGAAAUUAGACGAAUAA